GUCAUUUUUGUAGCCAGUGCCUGAGAGAGAGGGGCUGUCCGUCGUCGUCGUCGUUCAGAAGAAGGAUAGGAGCGAAUCUGAUAAAGACGGAGAAACGAGGAAGCGGCCGCCUGACUGCCUUUGCCUAUCUGGUUUUUAUUUUUGGGGAGGUAGUUUUUUCUUUUCCCCGAUUUUUCUCGCCGGCCGGUGCGAAAAAGCAAGGCCUUUUCCGUGCGUCCGCGAUCACCCGUUGGCGUCACGUGCGCUUCCCCUGUGCGAGCUCGAGCCACCUUUCUUCCUGGUCCGGACUGUGAGGACCCGGACAUAGGAUACUAGGCGACAAUGGCAACGGCAAGGCUGCCACAGUGGCCGCCCAAGGCCAAUGAGGCGCAGCUGGCCUACCUGUCGCAGACUGCCACCGACUACGCGCUCUCCCACUCCAUCCUCUACCGCCCUCCUGUGCCGGCGGGCUCAGCUGGCCCUGCGCUCGACUCGGCGAUCCAUGCGCCCCUCGCGCUCUUUCCCUCCCCCUUUCCACGCAGCCUCUACGCCGCCUCGCAGGCGCUGCAGCCGCUGUACAAUGCCCUGUAUGCGCGCAUCUCCACUGACGAUGCCCUCCUGACCCGCGUCAUUGGCGGCAGCGUCAUUCAGGUCGACGACUUUCAAAAGGCGCUCUGGGACAUCUACACGGCCGUUCGGAAAGAGGGCGCUGUGCAGAAGCUGCACCUGGGUCUCUUUCGAUCGGACUACCUCCUCCACGAGGACCCUGAGCAGGGGCUGCAGAUCAAGCAGGUCGAGCUCAACACCAUUUCGAGCAGCUUUGGCGCGCUCUGCACGCGCGUCGCAGACAUGCAUCGAUAUCUGGCACAAACAACGGGCUUCUGCAACGUCUCGCCGCAUCUCACAAACGCAGCCAACAUCCCGCGCAACGAGGCGCUGGACACACUCGUCGAUGGCCUUUCGGCGGCGCAUACAGCCUACGUCGUGUCGCACAAGCCUGAAGGCACCGCGCCGGUCGUCCUCUUUGUCGUGCAGGACGGCGAACGAAACGUAUUUGACCAGCGUCUCAUCGAGUACGGCCUGUCUGAGCGAGGAAUCAAGGUGCAGCGCGCCACGUUCGACCAGCUUUCGGGCAACGGUGCCGUUCUCGAGGGCCCUGAGCGGCGCCUCCUCGUCUCACUGCCGGGGCAGACGCCAUCGCAAGAAAUCUCCGUCGUCUACUUUCGUGCCGGCUACAGCCCCGCCGACUACCCCGGCGCGGCGCAGUGGGCCACGCGCCUCCUCCUCGAGCGGUCCCUGGCGAUCAAGUGCCCGACCGUGGCGCUGCAGCUGGCGGGCGCCAAAAAGGUGCAGCAGGUCCUCUGCGAGCCGAACCUCCUCGAGUCGCUCCUCGGCAGCAGCGGCGACAAUAACACUGCGAUUCAGCAGCUGCGCGCGAGCUUCAUGGACAUGUACCCGCUCGACUCGUCGGAGCUUGGUAAAAAGGGCCUGGCGCUGGCACAGACGACGCCCGAGGACUUUGUCAUGAAGCCCCAGCGCGAGGGCGGCGGCAACAAUAUCUAUCGCGCCGACAUUCCGCCGGCGCUGGCCGCAAUGGACGCCCGGGAUGCGGCCAAGGGUGCAACAGCAGGAGCGGGGACAGAGACAGGGGCAGGGGCAGAUUCAGCGGUCAAGGAGCGCGAGGGCUACAUUCUCAUGCGCCUGAUCCGGCCGCCGGCGGGGACGGGCAACCACCUGAUCCGCGCGGGCCUAGGGAGCGCCACGCCCGGCGAGUCGGCCAUCCUAGCGCCCGACGUCAUCUCGGAGCUGGGCGCAUUUGGCGCCGUCCUCUUUCGUGAAGGGCAAAGUGGGCCAGGAGGCGUCGACAUUGUGCACGAAAAGAGCGGGGGCCACCUGCUGAGGACAAAAGCACGCGAGAGCGACGAAGGUGGCGUCGCCGUGGGCUACAGCGUCAUUGACAGCCCUGUUCUCGUCUAGAGGCAUACAAUCUUGGUGUAAUGGACAACAGCAUUAGAACGAGUGGAUGGAGUGAUAUUGCUUCAUGCGAUACAACCAGGAGGACUCCUAGAGCAGAAGCCGUGCGAGGGAGGUGAAGGGGUACAGAUGUUGGGGGAAAUAAUGGGUGAAUGGGG